AUGCUUUUGAACCCGUUCCGACCGUGCGAGGGCUCGCCAACCUUCCAAGAAGAAUAUCGGGGUAGCUACGUACCAACGGUUAUCAAAACAGGAGAUCGCCUCCAGGUUGUGGCGCCUGAUACUCCAUACGUGGCAGCGGCCGGCCCAAACAAGUUUUACUUCAUCGGCACCCGAUUCAAUACUGAGACUGCAAAGCACGUGAAGGAACAAAUUGAGAAGGCAACUGUGCCGAGCCCGAAGGAGUAUAUCGCUAUAGACGAGGUUUCAGCUACAGCGGGAUUGAAGAACUCUUUGACUGGCGAAACGACAUUCGUGUUGACUCCCAUUAUGCCAGGGCGCAACCCGGAGCUCAAACUGCCUGAGCAUAAGCCCGCCGGCGAUUGGUUGGUGACCUACGACCUGGACAAUACACCUACGUAG